CCCUUCUCGUUUUCGUGAUAUUUCUCCCUUUUCCGUCUGGUUCUACACCUGCUUCACAGUAGUACUGUCUGCUUCAGAGCCCCGAGCCGCCGUUUGCCACGAGAUCUGCCGCCGCCCCCUCAUUCGCACCUAGUUCGCGCCACAAUGGCCUCUCCGGCUGUCAAGAAAGCAAUCGCUGAAGCAGCUGCGCAGUACGCAAAGCCAGAAGGGAGGGUCUUUCAGUAUGGUACUGCAGGAUUCCGUAUGAAGGCCGACCUCCUCAAUACCGUCGUUUUCACUGUUGGUUUGCUUGCGGGUCUUCGUUCCAGGAAGCUUAGUGGGCAAUGGGUUGGUGUCAUGGUCACUGCCAGCCACAAUCCUGCAGAGGACAAUGGCGUUAAGCUCGUCGACCCUAUGGGUGAGAUGCUGGAGGCCGAAUGGGAGACCUAUGCGACCAGACUUGCCAACGCCCCGCUCGACAAGGUCGGAGAUGUGUACGAAGAGUUGAUUAAAGAGAUCGAUGUCAGCAUGGAGAACCAAGCUCGCGUUGUUUUCGCCCGCGACACUCGCGCGUCUGGCUCUCGCCUCGUCUCGGUUCUCAACGCCGCACUUACUGCUACGGAGGUCGAAUUCCUUGACUUGAAGUACAUGACCACCCCUCAGCUUCACUAUGUCGUUCGGUGCAAGAACACCCUGGGUACACAGUAUGAGUACGGUGAGCCGACUGAGCAGGGCUACUAUGAGAAACUUGCCGAGGCUUUCAAGAGAGUGAUGCGGGGCAUAAAGAUCAAGGGCUCUUUGACCGUUGACUGCGCCAACGGUGUUGGUGGACCCAAGCUCAGGGAGCUUAUCAAGUACCUGCCCACUGCGGAGGAAGGUGGCCUCGACAUCAAGAUCGUCAACGACGACGUCAUCAACCCUGAUAGCCUCAACUUCGAGUGUGGCGCCGAUUAUGUCAAGACGAAGCAACGUGCUCCUCCGUCCUCCAAGGCCGGUCCUCUCGAGCGCUGUGCCUCACUGGACGGCGAUGCUGACCGUAUCGUUUACUACUUCGUCGAUGAGAGCAACGUCUUCAGGUUGCUCGAUGGCGAUCGGAUCGCCACCCUUGCUGCAUCAUUCAUUGGCGACCUUGCUCGUAGCGCUGGCAUCGCACAGAAACUUAAGAUCGGAGUCGUGCAGACUGCUUAUGCCAACGGAUCUAGCACUGACUACAUUGAGAAGGUGCUGAAACUUCCCUCCGUUUGCACGAACACCGGUGUUAAGCACCUUCACCACGCCGCUUUGCGGUUCGAUGUCGGUGUCUAUUUCGAGGCCAACGGGCACGGCACGAUCACCUUCUCCGAGAAUGCCUCGAAGACGAUCAAGAACACGGAGCCUCAGUCUCCUGCUCAGCAGCGCUCGCUCGAGUGCCUCCAAGGCUUGACGGAUCUGAUUAACCAGGCUGUUGGAGACGCCAUUUCGGACAUGCUCCUCGUGGAGGCUAUUCUUUCACACAAGGGCUGGAGCCCCAAGGAGUGGCUUGCGACUUACACCGAUUUGCCGUCGCGUCUUGUCCGUGUCGAGGUCGCGGACCGUUCGAUCUUCAAGGCUUAUGACGCUGAGCGUAAGCUCGAGUCACCACCCGGCCUUCAGGCUGAGAUCGAGUCUCUGCAAUCCCGCUACAACAAGGGAAGGAGCUUCGCCCGUGCAAGUGGUACGGAGGAUGCAGUGCGUGUUUACGCCGAAGCGGCGAGCCGUUCCGAGGCCGAUGAUCUCGCCACCCGUGUUGCCAACGCAGUUCGAGAGGCUGGUGCCGCCAAGGAACCCUCUUCCUAGGCCACUUGUGGAGCCUACCCGCCAAGACCACAUGUCAAUGUACGGUGGUUCAAGCGGUUAGGCUGACGAACAACAGUAUCACAUCUGGACGUGCAGUACAGACAUGCUGUAGAAAACCGAGUUCUAAGAUUUCCUGGGAACUUUGAUGAAUGAAUUCAUGAUCUUAACUUAAUUCACACAUAAGCAGAAGAAUUUGCAUCUCACUUUGCGCAUCUUUAUAGUACCUUGACGUCUAAAUCUACACAGUUUACAAGAAAGCAUAUAUUCGGCCUCUAC